CAGUUGAAUUUCACAUUUGCGACGGAGCGGUUCGUUGCGUCUGAAAAUGCGCCGAUCUUGCUUACGGUUUAAUUAAACGAGCUAAGCGGCAAUUAGUCUAUCGCACAAUUCCUAUAAAUGGCCUGUCAAAAUAUCGUCUAGUGGAAGUGAAGCGACUGUGAAACAAGUGUAAAAUGUUUGCCAUUAAUUGGUUCGAUGUGCUACCCGUUGCGAUCACAUUUGUCGCCAUAUUUCUUGUGCAAGUGUUAAAUGUCUAUUUCCACAUACUGAGCGAUACUGCUACGCCCAGAAAUGCUGAUAUCGUUGACACAGUGACUGCUGAAACGGAGUGCCCGCUACCGUUCAACGGAGGUGCAACAACACCAAAAAUUACAAACAAAAAUGGAUCGAUAUCGCCGACCAUAUCCAAUGGCAAGUUGGAAAAGCAGACCAGCCUUUUGGAUACCGAUAGUGGCAUCUCAUUGACCUCUAUCAACACAACAACAACAACAACAGCAGCAGCCGUAACAAAUGGUGCAACACCAGCCACACCGUCAACGUCAUCACCAACACAUAGUGCACACAAUGGUUUCCCGACACAUACCAUCAGCUUUGAAACCCUGGGCGAUGAGUACCAUGAAGAUGAGGACACUCUGUCGCUUGAGAAUCUCUUUCCCUGCGAUCAAACGGAAAUCUAUGCCUCCAAGAAGAUCAGUUUCAUUAUCGAUGAGCUCAUUCAGACUGAAGUCAACUAUGUGAAUAAUCUGCGCAAAGGACUCACCAACUAUGGCCAGUUGCACCAGUGUGAGGAUCUGCCGGAAGGACUUGGUGGCGAUCAGCGACAGAAGCAGCUGUUAAGCAACAUACGCGAAAUUCUCGAGUUGCACGAAACGGAGAUUCUGCCACUGAUGUUGCGCAAUCAGCGUGAUCUGAAGGGUCUCUUUGAUGAGUUUGCCACGCAUUUUGAGAAAAACCGUUUCUAUUGUUACGUGGACUUUACCAUGGGCAAAAAACAAUCGAUGCAGUUGCGUCAAGAAAAUCGUGAAUGGCUGCAGAGCUAUCAAACGAAAAUAAAAGACAAACUGGGCAUCGAUAGUUUUCUAGUGCAGCCCAUACAAAGACUGACCAGAUAUCCAUUGCUGCUACAGCAAUUCAUAUCGGAGUUCUAUAAGACGGGCAUUAGCUGUAAGCCCGUUCUGAGUGCUGUUUGCAAGCUGGAAACGCGUAUGCGACGCCAGCUGGAUGUGGUCAAUCAGGCAGAGGAGAUACACAACAUAGAUGAGCUCAAUGAGUUCGAUCUGCAACAACAGGGUAACUUUCGUCGCUCCACGGAAUUCGAUGCACAGUAUUUUCCGACAAGAAAGAAAUAUCGCGCAAAGAUCUUUCUCUUCGAUCGUUGUUUGGUCUGCACAGAGGUGCGGAAGCGUCGCUUAGCCUUCCGCCAGCACUACAAUUGGGAGCAUGUGGAGCUGCAGCGUCCGCUGGAGCUGGCCACCUCCAAUGCCAAUAAGACUAUCAAUCUGCUGAUCCGGCAGCAGGAUAAGGAUAAGCCCAAGCGUGAGGAGUACUCCUUUGUCGCAGCAGAGGCAUCUGUGGUGAAGCAGUGGCUUCUGGCCACUCACAAAAUCAUCGAGAUCGCUCGAUACGAGCAGUCCCAGAGGAAUACCUUCAGCUUGCCGAUGGAUCUGGUGCUGGGCGUCGUGUUGGCCAUCUGGCUGAUAUGGCAGUACUUGUAGUGCUAACUAUAUUGUAUACUUUAUACUAUCUACGAUUUAAUUUAGAAUAAAGCUAAGUUAUUUGUACACGUA